AUGGCGGGCUUUGCCGAAACCAAGCGAGACGGUACCCCUGCGGUCGACGAUGGAGUCCUGGAGAAGAGCCUCAGUCGUCAGGCCGAGAUCUUCGAGGACAAGGAGCUCAUGACAGAUGCUCAGGCAGCUGAAAGCCGCGAACAUGAUAUGGGAAUGUGGGAGGCCAUGAGGGACCACCCCAUGGCUUGCUUUUGGGCUUUCAUCUUCUGCUUUACUAUCGUCAUGGAGUCUUUCGACAUGUUCUUGAACGGUAACUUUGUUGCUCUUGCCGCUUUCAAAGAACGUUACGGUGUUCAGGUCGCUGGCGAGGUUGGCAAAACCAUUCCUACCAAGUGGCAGAGUUCACUCUUCCAAGCUGGUCAAUGCGGCGCCUUCAUUGGAGUCUUCCUCGCAGGUCCCAUCACCAACCGUCUUGGUUACCGCUGGACUACUCUGCUGGCACUCAUGCUGAUGAAUGCGACCAUCUUCAUUUCCUUCUUCGUGCGUAUCCUACUUCCUGAUCUAGAAUCUGGGACUGACAGUACCCAGGCCGAUUCACUCGCGGUUCUCGUCAUCGGGCAAGCUUUCGAAGGUAUUCCAUGGGGUAUGUUCAUCGCCAACUCGCCGGCCUACGCCAGUGAGGUCGUUCCGCUCGUUCUUCGUGGUGCUUGCACAGCGACUCUCCAGAUGUCUUGGUCCAUUGGUAGCAUCAUCGUCGCAGCCGCCACGUACAGCUAUAACAAGCGAAACGACGAGUGGGCAUGGCGAGGUCCACUAGCCCUGCAAUGGACCCCUCUUAUGGUUCUCAUCUUCUUCGCACCCGAGUCCCCAUGGUGGCUAGUGCGCAGAGGGCGAAAGGAACAGGCGCUGAGGUCCAUCAAGCGCCUUGGUCGUAGAAACGGAACUCAAGCAGCCGCCGAAGACACGCUUGCCAUGAUGGAGCGCACAGUGCAGAUCGAAGCUCACAAGGGCGGCGAGCCUUCUCUCCUUGAUCUCGUCAAGGGAGUCGACCUCCGCCGGACACUCAUUACUUGCUUGAUCUACGCGUCUCAGAACUUCGCUGGCAAUCUGAUCGCCAACCAAGCAACAUUCUUCUUCGAGCAGGCUGGAAUGUCAUCUGACUUCUCUUUCAAGCUGAACUUGAUCAACUCGUGCCUGCAGCUGGUAGCCAACAUCUGCGCUUGGCCUCUGAGCAACUUUUUCGGCCGACGCACAAUUUAUCUUGGGGGCACUGCCAUCAAUAUCUGCCUGCUCUUCAUCCUUGGAAUCUGCGCUUCCAUCCCUCAGAGCAGCGCGACCAACUACGCCCAAGCUUGUUUGGGCAUCGUCAUCUCGUUCGUCUUCGCAGGAGCCAUGGGUCCGAUCUCAUACUCCAUCAUCGCCGAAACGUCCUCCGUCCGCCUCCGCGCGCUAAGCACUGGUGUUGGCCGAGCCGCAUACUACGUCGCCGAGAUUCCUAUGAUCUACCUAGCCUCGCAGAUGCUCAAUCCUACCGGCUGGAAUAUGGCUGGUAAGUGUGGAUACGUGUGGGGCGGUACAGCUUGCGUCUGCUUCAUCAGCGCAUACUUCGGCCUCCCUGAGCUCAAGGGCCGCUCAUACCGUGAGCUUGACAUUCUGUUCAACCGGAAGAUCUCCGCGCGCAAGUUCAAGUCCACCGUCAUCGACGUCAGGGACAACGAGUAG